AUGUUUGUGCGCUCGUUUACAAGAUUAUCCAUAAGGCGAUUGGCUACGGCAGCUCCAAAAGCAGAAGCUGGUGCUAGUGCAUCUGGAUCAAAAGCUGUGGAGGAAAAAGCAGCAAGUGAAAUACAGAAAAAGAAAGCACAUAAGGCAAAAAGAGUUUUAAACAUUCCAAAGUCUUCAAAGGAGGUGCCAGAUGUUAACACGUUUUUAAAGAAAAUUGGACGUGGAGCAACCGAGAAUGCGGAAACAUUUGAAAACGACUGGAAGAAGUUUUUCACUAUGAACUCUAGGAAAAUGAAAGAGGAAGGAAUCGACACAAAGCUGAGGAGAUACAUACUGGAUUGGAGGGAGAAGUAUGCACAGGGGAUACCCUUGGACGAGAUAAAGCUGCCUGUGAAAAAGCAUGGGGGUGAAAGAAGAAAGAGGAUUUAUGCUGCAGAGAAAAAAGUCAAAGAGAGAAUAGCAGCGGCUCAGUUAAGGAAGGCAUACAGGAAAAAGGCCAACGUGGAGCGUAUUCAGAAGCUCAAGUGGGAAAAACUGCAUUCGCAGAGAAAAUAG